CGUCCCGCCCCGUCCGGCCGCGGCGUAGCUCUCUCAGCUAUCCCCGCCGCGCCUGGGACCCCAGGUCCCUAGACUUGCCAGCGCGCCGGGUUCAGCCAUGGGGCCCACCGUUCGCCCCUCGCUGAAGUCGCCUCCGACCCCGCCACCUCCGCCAGCCCCGUCGCCGCUGCUACUGCUGCUGCCUCUGCUGCCGCUGUGGCUGGGCCUGGCGGGGCCCGGGGCCGCGGCUGACGGCAGCGAGCCGGCCGCUCGAGUGGGGCGGGGCGGAGCCCGCGCAGUGCGGGUGGACGUGAGGCUGCCGCGGCAGGACGCUCUGGUCCUGGAGGGCGUCAGGAUCGGCUCCGAAGCCGAGCCGGCGCCCCAGCUGGGGGGCCGCCUGCUGCUGAUGGACAUCGUGGAUGCUGAGCAAGAGGUGCCGGUAGAAGGCUGGAUCGCAGUGGCAUAUGUGGGCAAGGAGCAGGCAGCUCAAUUUCACCAGGAGAAUAAGGGCAGUGGGCCGCAGGCCUGUCCCAAGGCCCUGGUCCAGCAGAUGCAACGGGCCCUCUUCCUGGGAGCCUCUGCCCUACUGCUCCUCAUCCUGAACCACAACGUGGUCCGAGAGCUGGACAUAUCCCAACUUCUGCUCAGACCUGUGAUUGUCCUCCAUUAUUCUUCCAAUGUCACCAAGCUGUUGGAGGCACUGCUGCAGAGGACCCAAGCCACAGCUGAGAUCACCAGUGGAGAAUCCCUGUCAGCCAACAUCGAGUGGAAGCUGACCCUAUGGACCACCUGCAGCCUCUCCAAGGAUAGUUAUGGAGGAUGGCAGGACUUGGUAUGCCUGGGAGGCAGUCGUGCCCAGGAGCAGAAGCCUCUGCAGCAGCUGUGGAAUGCCAUUCUGCUAGUGGCCAUGCUCCUGUGCACAGGCCUUGUGGUCCAGGCCCAGCGACAGGCAUCUCGGCAGAGCCAACAGGAGCCCAGCGGCCAGGUGGACCUGUUCAAGCGGCGUAUAGUGCGGAGACUGGCAUCCCUUAAGACCCGGCGUUGCCGUCUCAGCAGGGUAGCACAGGGCCACCCAGAGCUGGUCACUGAGACCUGUGCUGUGUGUCUGGACUACUUCUGCAACAAACAGUGGCUCCGGGUACUGCCCUGUAAGCAUGAGUUCCAUCGAGACUGUGUGGACCCCUGGCUGAUACUCCAGCAGACUUGUCCGCUGUGCAAAUUCAAUGUCCUAGGGAACCACUACUCAGAUGACUAGCUGGGGAUUCUGGAUGUGGGAUGGAACCUUCCCACCUGUACCCUGAGACAGGACAGCCUGGACUUCUGGGACAGGACAGUGGGGUGGACAGGACUGCCAGUCCUGUGGAUGAAGGAAGGAUAUGGGUCCCACUGUGACCUUGCUGGGAAGAAGGGUCCUGCAGCCCCCAGGACAAGGAUGCAAGCCAGGACCCACCACACAAGGGAGACAGGUCACUCUGGGAUCUUUAUAAUCCUGGGACAUCUGUUUCUGCCCUUGUCACGGGUAGCUCUGAGGACCCUGGGGAAAGAAAAUGUGGGGCCCAGUGCUGCUGUCCCCAGCCCCAGGAGCUCUCAGUGUCCCUGAGGCUACAGAGGCUGGGUUUUAUGCUUAUUUAUUGGGGGGUGGAUUAAGGGAAAAGUUCUCUGACCUUUGGACACCCUGACCUAACCGUGUUUCAGAAUAUGUCUUGGUCAAGGCUGUGAUGUUAAACCCAGAGACGACUCUACUGCUUGCUGCCCUCAAUCUUGGGCACUGGGAGCCAUGGGUCCUGCUGCUUGUUCAGCUGGGCUCCCUUCCUGUGCCUGGCUAGGACCAGAGGCCUCAGAAACCAUCCAGUCCUGUUCUUGGUUGGGCUGUGUAUUGCUGAUCAGGAUACUUGAAGCCACAGGAUAAAAGUGGAACAUUUUCCAAGGGCAUCCAUUUUUUAAGAGUUGGGGUAGGGAAGUUUUAAUAGUAAAAUAAAUGUGGAUAUAUUUUAAUAUGUAAAA